UCCUACGGGUAAGGCAAUAGGGAGCAGGAUUUGUUAAACCGCUACUGUUUUCUUCACCGUUAAAAAGACGACCCGUCGGGUCCCAAGUCGGGUAAUUGUUCGUCUCGUCCCUUUGGUGGAUGCUCAAAGAUCAGCAAGCAGCAGACAAUCGAACCAGUAACAGUCUUCGAUCUUGAAUCUUCGAUAAGAUACACAUUCGAAUAUUCGUUUUCGGAAUUUCCUCAAGAAAGAAAGAAAUCUCUUGCUCCAAGGGGUUUAUGGAGGUCGUGGACGUGAAACUUGUCAGUCUUCUUCUUGUAGUCUUCAGUCUCCAGCUAUGCCUCUCUUUCUCCGGACAGAUGAAUUCAAUUGAAUCAGUUCCUGAUCUCCGGAAGUUAAUGUACAUAGUUGCAGAUGGAUAUCCUUGUGUACGACUCCUCAACCUAUCUGGGGAGAUUGGUUGUUCAAAUCCUGGACGAGAUAAGGUUGUGGCUCCAAUCAUAAGAUUCAAGGAUGCUAAGGAGCUGGCUCAAUCUUCUACUAUUUUAGUGUCAGAAGAUGAAAUUCAAGCUUUCUUCAGUAGAAUGUUGAAUGAUUCAAGCUUCACUGAGAAUAUUGGUGGUGUCCUACUUGAAUCAGGAACUGGAAUCCAAAAUAAGUUGAAAGGAUUUUCUCCUGAUCGGAAGUUCCCACAAGCUGAGUUUGCGCCCUACCAAAGCAAUGGUUAUGAAUGGAACCCAAUUGGAUCUGGUAUCAUGUGGAACACUUAUAAUUUUCCUGCAUUCUUACUCUCUGAGAGUAGCACGGACACUGUGCUGGAGAUUGCUUCAAAGAAGGACAAGACAAGAAAAGCUUACACUGCUAAUGUAGCUGAGUUUGAUAUGGCGAUGGAGACGACAAAAGCUGGGACUCAAAAUUCAGAAUCUUGUCUGAAAGAAAUGACUUGUCUUCCACUAGGUGGAUACAGUGUUUGGUCAUCUCUCCCACCAAUUAAUAUUUCAUCCUCAGACCAGAAGAAGCCCAUUGUAUUAACAAUGACCUCCAUGGAUUCUGCAUCAUUUUUUCGUGACAAAAAUCUUGGUGCAGAUUCCCCAAUAUCUGGACUGAUCUCACUGCUGGCAGCAGUGGAUGCUCUUUCUCAUGUUGAUGGUUUGGAGAACCUCAAUAAACAGCUUGUCUUUCUGGUUCUCACUGGAGAGUCCUGGGGUUACCUUGGUAGCCGGAGGUUCUUGCUUGAACUUGAUCUGAGGACUGAAGCUGUUAGGGGACUAAAUAGCACAUUAAUUGAGACGGUUGUAGAAAUUGGAUCUGUUGGAAAAGGCUUAAGUCAAGGGAUCAAAACCUUUUAUGCCCAUAAAGCAGGGGUUUCAUCCAACACAAAUGAGACACUGGAUGCUUUAAAACAAGCUGGGGAUUCACUCAAAUCGGAAAGUGUUUCAAUUUUUUCAGCUAGCAAUUCAAAUCCUGGGAUACCUCCAUCUUCCCUGAUGGCAUUUCUGAGGAAGAACCCUUUCACCCCUGGGAUUGUAUUAGAAGAUUUUGAUAACAAUUUCACCAACAAAUUCUACCAUAGUCACCUUGAUGAUUUGUCAAAUAUAAACUCUUCAUCUGUAGCAGCAGCAGCUGCUCUUGUUGCACGUACACUUUACAUUCUUGCAAGUGAUAGCAAAGAUGUAAGUAGUUCCGACCUGAGUGCCAUCAGUGUGAAUAUCACUCUGGUUGAAGAACUUAUGGGCUGUCUAUUAGACUGUGAUCCUGGUCUAUCUUGCGAGCUGGUGAAGAACUACAUCUCGCCUGCUGGUACAUGCCCAAGCCAUUAUGUUGGUGUCAUCCUUGGGGAACCUUCUGCCACGCCAUAUCCUGGAUAUGUCAGUGAUAUUUCUAGAUUUGUUUGGAAUUUUCUGGCUGAUAAAACAUCCAAACUGGAGGACAAUGCCACUUCUGUUUGUUCUCAAGGUUGUAGCAACAGAAGUGAAGUUUGCAUCAAAGCAGAAACCGAUGGCAAGGGAGUGUGUGUUACAUCCACGACCAGGUAUGUUCCAGCAUAUUCCACUAGAUUGAAGUUUGAAUCUGGAACUUGGAAUUUAUUGCCCUCGAAUUCUUCCGAUACCAUGGGAAUGCUGGACCCUGUUUGGACGGAGAGCAACUGGAAUACAAUAGGACUCCGUGUCUACACUGUCCAGGAUGCUGCUUAUGACCGUAUUGUCUUGCUUGCAGGUAUUGCCAUCACGGUAUUAGCUUACCUAGCAAUUAUAUCUACAAGAAGCUUAAUCACGAAGGCCUUGAAACGGGAUUAAGAAAUCUAGUUAUAAAUUUCUGAAACACUUGGAGAGUGCUAGGAGCUAGGAUUAAAUACAGGGUGACUGAUUGUAUAAUUUGAAUUUAAACUGACUAAAGUUUGUGAUCUACCUAAAAAUUGAUUAGAGAUAGAAUUUGAAGGUUUCAUUGUGCGUUCUGAUUUUAUAUAGAAGUAGAGAGGUUCCUGGUUUUUCCAUGGACUUUUCUUAUUGGAAUGACUUGAACACAUCUUUCCCCACAA